AGUUCGAAGAAAGACUAAAGGAGUGAUAGCUACAAAAGUUUUAAGACGUUGUUCCCUUUGCCCGGCGCUUUGCCUGGGCCUUUUUCGUUCGGAGAGCUAUGUCAGAACAUGACAAACAGUUAGAAAGUUUCUUCGCGAAAAAGGAGAAGGGAAAGAAGUCCAAAGGAAAGAGCAAAUUUACAACAAGUGAUGCUAUUACGAAGCAAGUUGGAAGCACUCAGAAGGAACCAGACGGUCGAUCGAAAGAUCAACUAAGUAAGAAGGCUUCUGGAGUGACACCGGCGCCUUCUAACACGAAAGAGGAGGAGUGGAUUGACUUUCAGGAACCAGAAGAGAAAGAUUACUCAGGGCUAAGGAUACAGUCAUUACAGAUUGGAGAGAAUGCUGAAGGUGAAGGAUCAGAGAGUAAUGAACAAGAGGAUGAAGAUGAUGAAGGAGACUCAUCGGUAAGGAAAGACAAAACUGCAGGACCAUGGCAGCAGCUUUCCACAGCACCCCAAGGCACUGCUGCUUCUCAGGCCUCAGAGGAGUCUAAGCCAGUAGGGGCUUACAGACCACCAGCUUAUAGAGCCCCUGGUAGAAGGGCACCAGUUUCUGCAGGCCGAAAGAUGCCUGAAAUUGACAGUGAAAUUGCUUUCCCCUCAUUGUCAGCAGCCAUGGCAUCAAAUGAUAAAAAUAGCAAGGAGACUAAUGAUGGGAAAAGUUUUGAGACUGUGAAGCAUGGAUCACGAACACUUGAGAAUUUAGCUGACAGGGGACCACAGCUUGAUCUGGGAAAUAAGUUUGAUGCACUGAGAAGAAGCUAGGGUCGAUUGCUACUUAAUUACACAAUUACAAAGCAAAUACGAACUGGAUGUUAAAGAAAGAGUGGAAUCCACUCAUUUACUUGACCUCAAUUUCAAUUUAAAAGCUGCAAGUUCCGCAAAGUCAAUUCUGGGUUAACUGUGGUUUGCUUGCUCAGUCAAGGGAUCAAAUUCUAUUUUAAAUACUUUGGAGUGUGUUUGAUUUACCCUUUUACUCAAAAAAUCUAAAUAUCAAUUACUUUCACUAUCUGUUAUACACUCUAAUUAUACGCGUCCUCUCCAACUUGCUGCAAAAUUAAACAACGUCCCUUAGAAAAUAAUUUUCUUUGCUGUUCAUCUUGUAAAAUGUAAUGAUGUUGAGAAGAGAAAUUCGUUAUUGAUCAAUUUUGGGCUUGAAGGGAUUAACAAGUAUGGUAAAGUGGUUAGAGCAAAUUGCAGUCCUUAUAAGCUUGUCAUGGAAAUGUGGCAAUCAAGACUGUUGAUGGCAGAAAAUAUUAGUAUUUGUUCCCUUUACUGUAUUUUGAGACUUUCACAAGAGAAAAGUUAGUUCACUUUAGGUUAGUAACUUAACCACGCCCAGUUGUUCAAAGCUGGGUUACGAUAACCUAGGGUUAAAGUGAAAUUUGAUUUCAGAUCCGAUAGCUUUAAAAGAAAAUUUGGGUUACGGUAAUCCAAUUUUUCUACAAUUUGAUGACUGAAUACACUAAAAAGAAUUGGGAAAACUAUCCCAAAAUAGCUUUGAACAGAGAAAUAUAGAAAUCUGGAGUAAAAUUUAACCUUAGGUUAGCGCUAAUUGGCCGUCGAACAACUGGGCCCUGAAGUCAUCUUUUAAAAUCUGGUUUUGUUGGGUUUGACUUACAUGAACUAGAAAAUGAAUUAUUUGUCUUUCAGCGAGCUAAACACUGAAACCUCAGAAGGUUGCUUCUUCCAAACGAUAUUUAAAUAAUAUUUUUGUGCUGAAGAACAUUUAAGAAAUAUGUCAUUUUGUAGUGCCUAUGUCGACAAUUAUCUUGAGGUAAUACUGACUGUGCUCAACCUACAUUAGUACAGCCUAGUUUAUUUUAUGUGUGAUACAUUGUUAGGAGAUAAAAGCAAAUCGCUUGUCAAACAAGUCAGCACCGAGGGCAUACGACUGUAUAAUGUGAUGAUGUUCUUGGUAACCAAACGGGAGAACCUCUCAACACUAAAUGAAAUGCAUCUUAGACUACUUGAUGCAUUUUAGCGAUAUAUCUGAAGUGUGAUUGAUAUGAUUUCGACUAUGCAAUUUUAUUUAGGUUUCCUUUAUUUUUUUCUUUUCAUAUUGUUUUUGUUAAUAUUCAACUCCUAGGAACAUUGCUACAUUCAAAAUCUUUCCCAGCCAAAUUCAGAAUUAGGCUUAAACAAUCUGGGUCAGAUCAUUCACUACGUCAGAAAGUUUUUCGAACUCAAUUGACGAGGAAGGGAGUUACCCUUGUACAAUUGAUGUGGUUUCAUCAAUCAACUAAACAACAGUUUGCGUAUCAGCCAACUUUGUUCUUUUAGUUGCCUGGCGUGAAUAAAUAGCUAUAGUUUCUCUUUAA